GCUAGUUGCGCUUUUGCAUACACAAAGACCCAUGCCGAGCUGCGUGGUGCCUGUGACGACAGACGGGUGGCGCGCCUCGACGACCCAGUCAACGACCGGCGAGUCGUCGUCGACGCACACCGUUCAAGACGGGUACAUUGCCGAGCUUGACGUGAAAGACAAGGCAAAUUGGGUUCAAAUUUGGGCGUUUGGAGUCGUCAUUGUCGCCGGCGGCCAGUACUACGGGUGGACCGCGGCCUACGCGACGGGAUUUCUACCAAUCAUGAUCUCGCAGCUCGUGAUGGGACUCGCGUUUGUGAUUUACAUGGCGUGCGCCGCCGAGGUUUGCGGCAAGAUCGCCUUCUCUGGCGGCUCGUACGGUCUCUCGCGCGUCACGCUCGGCUUUUACUGCGGCUACCUCAUCGGGAUCCUCGAGCUCAUCGAGUACAUUACGUACGCGGCCGUCUCGUUUGUGUUUAUCGGCAACUUUUGCACGGACGAGCUCGGUAUGCCGUGGACGUACCAGCCGCUCGUGCACCUCACUUGCUACGUCGUUUCGAUUGGUUUCUACCAGCUCCCCGGACGGUACCUCUGGCCGUCUAUGACAGUCUUUGGGUUUGUCUGCGGCCUCCCACUGCUGCUCUACAUCCUCGCGGCCUGUCCUUUUGCCGACCUUGCGACCAACGGGAAGCUGCAGACUGAUACCUCGGCGUCGGCAUGGGCAACCGGCGAUCUCAGCAGCGCGUACUUUGCGUGGGCGCCCUUGACGACGUGGGCGUACGCAGGCAUCGAGUCGCUCACCCUCGUGACCGACCUGACGAUCGACCCGCUCGUGACGAUGCCACGAGGUAUUUUCGCCACCGUUGCGACCAAUUUUCUUCUCAACGUCGGACUGGUGUUUGUUGUGCCGGCGGUCGCCCCGGGCCUCGUCGCCGCCGCCGAGAACCCGUCGUACCCGCUCAAUCCCGGCUUUGCACUUGGUCUUGGCCUCUCCGACAUGGGUGGCAAGUGGCUCAUGCUCCCAGCGCAGUUUGGCAUGGCGUUUGGCUUUGUCUUGCCGUACGCACGCCUUGCCCAAGCCUUGGCCGACUCCCACUUGCUCCCUAACUGGCUCGGGCUCCUCGGGCAGACGUCGACGCUCAAAGCCAUGAUUGUUACGUCGAGUGCCGGGUAUGUGAUCUGCCUCCUCUCGCUCUUCGUACCCGCGCUCGACGCGUCGCUGCAAAACAUUAGCAUUCUCGCCGCGAGCUUUUGCUACUUGGGGCAAAUCACCGGCUUUGUCAUGCUCCGGACCAUCUACAAGACGGACUCGGUCGGGUUCCAGAGCCCGUUUGGGAUCUGGGGCGCCUACUUUGCGUGUUUCAUUUACCUUCUCCUUGCGAUCUCGAUCAUUGGCGGCUUUCAAGGCGACGACGGCGUCGCUGUUGGCGCACUUGCGCUUCUCGUACUCUUGAGCUCGGCCUACUAUCAUUGCGUGGCCAAGCACGUGCAAACGAUCUCGAAGGAAGAGUACGCCUCCAUCUUUCGGUUCAGCGUCAUGAAGUUCAACCGUCGCCGACGCAAAAUCAAGACCAAGAACCGUCUCGCUGCGCACUUCUCUUGGCUGCAUUUUGCGAGCGCCAAGUCGACGAGAUCCAGGUACGACACGACGACCAAGCGCGACCGGUCGACCAAGGCCAUCCCAAACCAAGGCUGUCCGGGCGCUGCCAGCUAGAUAUCUAAGCAUAUAUUGCUGUUUAUAAUCAUAUUUUGUUGGAAAACUCGGG